AUGGCCGCCCGGCCCAGAUUUGGUGAAAUUCGCUCCCCCUCGCAUGAUACCCUCCGCAGCGGGGCGCCCUCCCCGCGCAUUGAGCAUUACGAUGGUGAAAUUCCUCCCGCGCUCUCCCCGCUCGAUGCCUUUGCCGCCCAGGGCCGCCUUCUGGCCCGCCAGUUGGAGGAAUCCGCUCGGAGGAACCGUCGCAUGAGCCGAUUGCCUCCCUCCAGCGUGGCACGCUCCCUUUCGCAGCCUCGACCGGGAUAUUUUCGCUCAGCUUCUACCAGCGAUGCUCGCGGGGGAAGGCGCAAUGAGUUGUCGAGACAGCCGACGCAGAAGAUGAACCCCGAGGUGGAAGAGCCUAAGUUUCGCCCUCAGUCCGAGCAUCCGCGGCUCAGCGCCAUCUCACACCUGUCAAGUGAAAUGCCGGAGGAAACGGAAGAUGACGAUGCCACCCCGAGGAAGGAAUCGACGGCUGAUGUGUUUGAUUUGACCCGCCCCGACUCUCCGGACAAUCUCAGUGCCUACAGUGCCCCCGAAGGACCCCGUCGCUUCUAUUCCGUUGCCCCCUCCUGUGUUCCUUCCGAGGGUCGCACGCCUCCGGCAGGAGUGGUUGUGAUGCCCCCGUCCCGAACCUCGUCUACCGAUUCAGCUUCUCAUUUAAACAUCCCGUCGCGUGGACUAACUCCGUCAGCCUCUCAUCUCUCGCGGCCAUCGAGUGGUUCUCGAGGUGGCCAAUUCGAGAGCUCGGAUGAUGAUUAUAGCAGCUCAACUGCAGGCUCGACGUUCUCGAAGCCACGAAAAAUGUCCUCCAGCAGUGCGAUGUCUAUGCCUUACUCGCCCAUGUCCAAUGUUCAAAUCCGGCCUCAUCCUCGAUCUCCAUCCAUAAGCUCGGAAACUUCAAACUACGGGGGUCUAUCCCGCCCAUCGUAUAAUUUCUCCCGGCCGUUGAGUCGAUCUGGCACGAGUCUGUCAGCUCCAGGACCGGUGUGCUCAUCGGAUGGCAUACAGAGCACCAUUAACCGCGGACACAAGCCCAGCCCCAUCAGGGUGCCGUCUCCAUCCGAUUUGGCGUUACAUCCACACGAGGAUCCCUCCUCAGCUGUGUCGUCUUACAUCCAUACAAAGUAUGCUUUACCUCGAGGACGCGCCGUCUGCCGUGAUUCCGUUGUCUUCUCAGGCCUGCAGACUCCGCACUUUGAAUGGCAAGAACCGCUGUUUGAGAGUCCCGAUCGCCAGGCCCCUGCGGAAUCCUCUCAAUCUCGGCGUACCCCGUCCCCAUCACCAUCAGGUGAAGAGUCAAUAGUUUCCAAGUCGCGCUCUAUGCAGGAAUCACCCAGCUCGUCUCGGAGGCUGUUGACCCCUGAGCCGCCGCUACCGCAGGCGACUUCUCUUUCGCCCAGCGAUCAGCCACCAGUGAGCGAACCUGCACCACCCGCGCAGUUGGAGUCCGAAAUAGCCAGGAAUGACAACGCCGAUACGACGUCCUCUGCUGGCUCCGAGUCCACUGUGCGCCCGCAGACAGCCAGAACACAGACCACAUCCGCGCCCAUUACAGCGGAUGAACACGUAACCAAGGGUAUCGAAUGUCACGAGAAAGGAUCCCUCAAUGAAUCCACGUACCACCUUCGCAUCGCGGCCAAGCAGAAUCAUCCUACGGGAAUGUUGCUCUAUGCGUUAGCAUGCCGCCAUGGUUGGGGAAUGAGGCCGAAUCAGCAAGAAGGUGUACGGUGGUUGCGCAAGGCUGUGGACUCCGUCGGAUUAGAGCUUAUGGAUGACUCCAAUCCGUCGAUCCCUGUUCGCAUGAGAGAACUCCAGAAGGCUUACCGAGCCCAAUUCGCUCUCAGUAUCUACGAACUUGGUGUGAGUCAUCUGAACGGGUGGGGUAUUGAACAGGACAAGUCUUUGGCCUUGCGCUGUUUCGAGAUUGCGGGUCAAUGGGGCGACGGUGAUGCGCUCGCAGAGGCCGGGUUCUGUUACGCAGAAGGCAUUGGCUGUAAGAAGGACUUGAAGAAGGCUGCGAGAUUCUAUCGCCAAGCGGAGGCCAAGGGAAUUAAUAUGGUCGGGAAUAGCUGGAUUUACAAAGACAAAUAUAUGUCGGACGACAACCCGAGCUCCAAUUCGCGCGGUCGUGGCCGCAGUCAAAGAUCCGGUAACACUCCCGACAAGAAAAAUCGCAGCAAGUCUCGCACUCGCAGUCUCUUCCACCGAAAGAAAUCAGUUGCUACUGAGGCCUGA